AUGUACAAUGCGAACAGCCAAUGCAAAAUGUCUAAGCGCACGGCACUGAACGAGAACUACAAGGGUUUGGUGGAAGAACUCCCCAUCCCUGCGGAGGUGCACGAGAGAGAUGGCAAGAAAUACGCAAGUUUCGGGUCCACUAUUCCCAUUCACAGCUGCUCCCCAGACGAGAUCAAACAGUACGCAAACAAAACGCACCACUACUGCGACGUCUUCACAGAACAGUUACUGGCGCCGCUUGGUGAACUGGUGUACGUGAGGCUUGACGAGAACACGGCUGAGAAGGUGUUUAUCAACCGCAACAAGCGCAUCUUACUGGUGUCUAGCGACGGCGAGCUGGCGCAGUGGCGCUGCGCCCCCACCUUCGAGUCCCCCAACUCGUACAUGGCGGGCGCGCCCAUCGUCAACAAGGACGGCGAGCUCGUCUCCGUCGUCACAGCUAAGAAGGGCAACCAUUACGCCGUCUCUACUUUUGAGGGUGAGGGCGGCUACUUCGACACGGCCGUGCCGUGGCUCGUGCUGGACGCUCCCGAGGGCGCCAACAUCUACGGCGCCAAGACGUUCGCCACGCGCGAGCAGCUGCGCGAGCACGUGGCGCGCCUGCCCCCGCCCGAGGUGUCCCCGCAGAGCCCGCCCGUGCCCGUGCUGCACCGCGGUAACAGCCCCCGCAUCAUCCUUCUCGCCCAGAACGGCCGCCAGAUUUCCCACCAGUUCUUACACGGAGUCAUCACGAUGGAUGUGGAGUACUUGUAG